CGGUUCCGUCCCCUCCCCUCCCCUCCCCUCCCCUGCCGGCAGGGCCGUGUCGCCAUCCCGGCGUGCCGCGCGCGGCGUGGGGGCUCCGCCAUCCCGCUGGGAGCCGACGGGCAGCGGACGGGGCCCUGCCCGCCGCACCGGGAGGCGGGAAGGAGGCGGACGGGGAGGGGAGGGGGCAGGAGGAGGAGGAGGAGGGGGGGGCCGCCCAACGGCCAUGCCCGCGCGCAGCCCCUGAGCGGCGCCCGGCCGCCCCUCCCCCGCGCGGACGCCCGCCCGCCCGCAGCAGCCAGCCGCCAACAUGGAGGCCGUGAACGCCUUCAACCAGGAGCUCUUUUCAUUGAUGGAGAUGAAACCUCCUAUUUCCCGAGCAAAAAUGAUUCUCAUCACAAAAGCUGCCAUUAAAGCUAUUAAGCUCUACAAACACGUUGUCCAGAUUGUAGAGAAGUUUAUCAAAAAGUGCAAACCAGAAUAUAAAGUCCCUGGAUUGUAUGUUAUUGACUCUAUUGUUCGUCAGUCUCGUCACCAGUUUGGAACGGACAAGGAUGUCUUUGGGCCAAGAUUCUCUAAAAAUAUUACUGCCACAUUCCAGUAUUUGUAUCUCUGUCCAUCUGAAGACAAGAGUAAAAUAGUCCGUGUCCUGAACCUUUGGCAGAAAAAUGGUGUUUUUAAAAUUGAGAUCAUUCAACCCCUUCUGGAUAUGGCAGCAGGAACUAGUACUGCUGCUCCAAUGACAGAAAAUGCUGCUAAUAAUGAAGGUUCACCGCCCCCUCCAGCAAAGGUUACUUCGGAGCCCCCUCAAGUCACUGCUAAUUCAGUACCGACAAUGCCACAGUUGCCCAGUUCUGAUGCCUUUGCAGCUGUAGCUCAGUUGUUUCAAACAACGCAAGGACAGCAGCUUCAGCAAAUUCUUCAGACUUUUCAGCAGCCUCAAAAACCCCAGUCACCGGUCAUAGAUAACACUGUGAUGGCUCAGGUUCAAGCUAUUACUGCUCAGUUGAAAACUACAGCAUCACAACCACCAGAACAAAAAGCUGCUUUCGCACCACCUGAGCAAAAAACAUCCUUUGACAAAAAGCUGCUAGAUCGGUUUGACUACGAUGAUGAGCCAGAAGCAGUGGAAGAUUCAAAGAAAGAAGAUUCAGCUCCUUCUCCUUCAGUUUCUCAGCCAGCUUUGACCUCUCUCUCAUUCAGUGCACAGGCUGGAUGGUGCUCAAUACCUGGUGGAUUUCCGGGAGAAGGUAUACAACAGCCAGUAUUUCCUCAACUCCCAAAUAUGGAUCCUUUUCAGCAGCGAAUGAUGGGAAUGCAACAGGAUCCAAUGCGCCACCAGGUCCCACUUCCUCCUAAUGGGCAAAUGCCAGGUUUUGGUCUUCUGCCUACCCCACAGUUUCCACCAAUGGCUCAGCCUGUGAUUCCGCCAGCAGCACCUGUGCAGCAAACUUUUCAGUCUCCUUUCCCAGUACAGAGUGAAUCACACAUGCAAAAACCACAUCAGCAGGACAUGGAAGUGGAACAGCCACCUAUUCAAGAAGGAAAACGACAUGUUUCUGACAGCAGAAAGUCAAGAUCUAGAUCUGCAUCAAGGUCACCUAAAAGGAGGCGUUCAAGAUCGGGCUCACGCUCUCGAAGGUCACGUCAUCGUCGAUCUCGAUCACGGUCCAGAGAUAGACGCCGACACUCUCCUAAGUCUCGGUCACAAGAGAGACGUGAACGUGAGAGGGAGAGAGAACGUAGAUCAAAAGGCCUUCCGCAGAUCAAAUCAGAAACUGUUAGUGUUUGUAGUACUACGCUUUGGGUAGGACAACUUGACAAAAGGACUACGCAACAGGAUGUUGGAAGUCUUUUGGAGGAGUUUGGCCCAAUUGAGUCAAUAAAUAUGAUACCGCCUAGAGGAUGUGCCUAUAUUGUAAUGGUCCACAGACAAGAUGCUUAUCGUGCCCUACAAAAGUUGAGCCGAGGCAACUUCAAAGUCAAUCAGAAAUCUAUAAAGAUUGCAUGGGCUUUGAAUAAGGGAAUAAAGCCAGAUUACAAGCAGUAUUGGGAUGUAGAAUUAGGUGUUACUUACAUACCAUGGGACAAAGUGAAACCUGAAGAUCUUGAAAGUUUCUGUGAAGGAGGAAUGUUGGACAAUGAAACUCUUAGUCCAGAGUGGAAGGGGAUUCCCAAGAAGUCUGAAAAUGAAGUAGCUCAAAAUGGAGGUGCAGAAGCUACACAUAAUGAACCGGUGUCACCUAUACCUAAAGCUUUACCUGUUCCAAUUCCCGUUCCCAUGCCUGCACCAAUUACAGUACCUCCUCCACAGGUUCCACCACAUCCAUCAGGUCCUCCUGUGGUUGGUGCGCUCCAACCUCCUGCUUUCACAGCGCCUUUAGGAAUCCCGCCUCCUGGAUUUGCUCCUGGCGUGCCACCGCCACCACCACCUCCAUUUUUACGACCUGGUUUUAACCCAAUGCAUUUACCUCCAGGCUUCCUUCCUCCUGGACCACCACCACCUAUAACUCCCCCAGUAUCUGUUCCUCACACUCCAGCAGUAAACAUCCCAAACUGUAAGUGUUUAAACCUUGAACAAGCAGCAGUAGAAGGAAGGUAUCAUGCAAGCAGAGAAGCUGAUGUAUUUUUUAAUAUGCCAAUGCCUUGUUCCUUAGCUACAGCAGCUGGAGUCAAUGAAGACACUACAAAAGAUGCAUCUGUAGGAAAUCCCAUCCCAACAGUGGUUUCUGGAUCCAGAGGAAAUGCUGAAACUAGUGAUAGUUCCAAAAUAUAUGGGACUGUUCCGCCUCCCGUAGCACCUACUAAUGUACCUGCUCCUGUCACCCAAGCUAUUCCGCUUCUUGGCACCCAAGGCGUCGCGCCACCCCCACCCGCCCCUGUUGUUGGGUUGCAGACUCCAUCCACCGGCCUCCUGGGCGCGCGGCCCGGUUUGAUACCACUCCAGCGACCGCCAGGGAUGCCCCCGCCGCCCCUGCAGCGCUUCCCCCUGAUGCCGCCGCGCCACAUGCCUCCCCACAUGAUGCACAGAGGGCCCCCUCCGGGGCCGGGGGGCUUCGGGAUGCCUCCUCCUCACGGGAUGAAAACCCCCUUCCCGCCGCCGGGCCACUUUGUGAGGCCCGGGGGGAUGCCGGGCAGCGGAGGGCCGGGCGGACCUGAGGAUAAUCGAGACGGGAGGCAGUUCAGGAACGACAGGCAGACGUUCACUCCCAACAGAGACCAGGAGAGGUUCGGAAGGAGAUCUUUUGGGAAUCGGGUAGAGAACGAUCGCGAGCGCUACGGCAACCGCAAUGAUGACAGAGAUCACGAGCGACUCGGUAAUCGGGAAAGGAGAGAGUGGGGAAGAAGAAGCCCCGAGCGCGAUAGGCAUAGAGACUUGGAGGACAGAAAUAGGCGGUCCAGUGGACAUCGAGACAGAGAGAGAGAUUCUAGAGAUAGGGAGUCUCGUAGAGACAAGGAAGAGAACCGAGGCAAGGAGAAAGCCGAGAUGACAGACAGGGCAGAUGGCGACAAAAACCAUGAAUCUCAUGGUGGCAAAAUGGAGGACGCAGACAUUGUUUCAGAACUUCCUAAAGGAGAGUCUGAACCUUCAGGUGUAAAACCUGACGAAGCGUUAACAUCUGAGGCUACCUCAUCUGUGGAACAAGCUGAAAAGGAUAUGGGCUCAGUUGCCGAGGCUCCUCGUUAGAGACUGGAAUUUGUCAGUGACAUUUGUGGGAGUGUAGAGCUUUAGAGUUGUACAGUUUGCUGUAUUAUAUUUGCUUCUGCUUAUAUCACAGCCCCUCAGUAGUCGGUGGGGAAUUGUAAGCAAUUUGAUUGCUUCCCUUCUAUUUAAAAUAGCCACAACAUAACACAAAAAUACUGAAGAUAUGAUUAAAAUAUUACCCAUUUUUGCUGUAACUUUUUUAAAGUUUUGACUUUAAAAAGUUUACAAAUCAGAAGUAGAAGUGCUUUCUAUUUUUUUUUUAAUUUAAGAAAAGGUAACGGUGAAAGCUCCUCAAAACAAUAGGGAUGUGUUUUUAAUAAACUCUAUUUUCGUAACAAA